AUGGAAGAUAAGAAUCAGACAAGAGUGACAGAAUUUCUCUUCUUGGGUCUCACUGAUCAACUCCAUCAGCAGAUUCUUCUAUUCUUCACACUUCUCUUUAUUUAUCUUUUCACUCUAGGUGGAAAUUUGGGCAUGAUCAUCAUCAUAUGCAUCAGUCCCAGACUUCACACUCCUAUGUACUUUUUUCUUAGACACUUGUCUUUUGUAGAUAUAUGUAUGUCUUCUUUAGUUGCUCCCAAGAUCCUAUGUGAUGUCUUUGCAAAGAAAAAAUCCAUUUCUUUCAUGGGAUGUGCUACACAGUUGUGGUUCUUUGGUAUCUUUGUGGCAAUGGAAUGUUUUCUUCUGGCUACCAUGGCCUAUGAUCGGUAUAUGGCCAUCUGUAAGCCCUUGCUAUAUACACUCAUUAUGUCUCAGAGGGUCUGUGUGCAGCUGGUGAUAGGACCUUACAUCCUGGCUCUUAUAAGUACCACAACUCACACAGUUCUGGCAUUUGGCUUGCCCUUUUGUGGUUCAAAUAUUAUCAAUCACUUUUUCUGUGAUAUUUCUCCAUUGCUCUCCUUAGCAUGUGCAGACACCUGGAUCAACAAGGUAGUGCUCUUUGCCUUUGCUGGAUCUAUAGGCGUAUUCAGUGGCCUGAUUAUUAUGUUGUCCUAUGUUUUUAUUCUGCUGGCCAUUCUGCGGAUGCAGACUGUUGAUGGGAGGCGGAAAGCUUUCUCUACUUGCUCAUCUCAUCUGGCAGCUGUCUCCAUCCUUUAUGGGACUCUUUUCUUUAUCUAUGUUCGUCCUGCCGCAACUUCCUCCCUGAAUAUCAAUAAAGUGAUUUCUCUGUUUUAUACUGUGGUGAUCCCCAUGUUGAAUCCCCUCAUUUAUAGUUUGAGAAACAAAGAAGUUAAAGAUGCAGUCAGGAAGAAAUUUGAAAGGAAAAGUCCUCUAGGAGGUAAAUAG